AUGAAAAAUCCUGCUGUGAAGGAGCGAGAAGAGACUGGUGAUUCCCUCCAUCCCGUUCGGCCCCAUGUGGCUCUCAUGGACGAAUCACAAGAGAAGGAGCAUGGGUUCUUUCUGGUGCUCGUCUUGGAGGGGCAACUGGUAGGAACAGGGGGGCCGGCGACGAAAGGAAACGACGACCGCGUGUCUUCCCCGAGCGUGGCCGCACACAAAAUCGAUGGCAGGAGCGAAAGAAAGAAGAAAAUAUUUACUGACAGACGUUGA